AUGGAUACUGUGAUUCAACUUAGUCCUACACCAAGAUCUCGCACAAAAAAAACCCCCUCAGAACGACUCUCAGAUUUGAAACGCAGGCUUUCCAUACUUCCCGAACCAUACGACACUGGGAAUGGUUGGUCAAAGUACGAUAAAGAAAUUCAAGAUCAAGACAACCAAUAUUUAAGUCCCAACUGUGUCAUCGUCAAAACAGAAAUUCUGGUAUCAACUCAACAAAUAUCUAAUAGCGAAGAUAUAUCUAAUGUCGAACUAUCAACAGAAGGGGCCGUAACAACGGUUGUGCCUGAACAUGAUGUGUCAUCCGCUAUCAGCAAUAAACGUAAUUCAACAAUUAUAAGUACUGAAGAAAAUAAAUCUUAUAAAAGGAGGAGUAAAUUGGAAUUUUUUAAACAAGACUAUAAACGUAAUUCGACAAUUCUAAAUACUGAAGAGCAUGACUCUUAUAAAAGAAAGAGUAAAUUGGACUUUUUUAAACAAAACUUAUCGUUAACAAAAUUUCAAUCAGCAAUAAAACAGUUUGUUGAUAAUGUUGGCAACCAAAGUCGAAGAUAUAGCAAGACAUUCAGUAAAACUAAAAAAGAAAAUCCAUGUGAAUAA